AUGCGACUCCAGACCUCCAAAUCCUUCCGUUCCUCUUCUGUUUUCCCGCUGAACAAGAUCUUCAAAUCCUCCUUUUCCUCGCAGUCCCAACCCCAGAAGCCUCUAGCUCCACAAAGCUUCAUCAGAUCAAGCGCCGGCAAAGAUGAUCCCGUCGCUCGCUUAUGCAGGGAGAACAGAUUCAAAGAAGCAAUUGACAUCUUGUGCGAGCAAAAUCGUGGCAAGGAUGCAAUUCAACUACUUAACCGGAUGGAUAGACCUUCAGCUGCUAUCUACUCAGUUGUUGUACAGUCCUGCUUGAAGACGCGGUCCUUGGAAGACGGGAGGAAGGUUCACCAGCACAUAAAACGAUCUGGGUUUGUGCCUGGUCAGUUCAUCUCGAAUCGGUUGCUCGACAUGUACGUGAAAUGUGAUGGCAUGGAGGACGCAAAGAACCUGUUUGACGAAAUGGGUCGGAGGGACUUGUGUUCGUGGAACGUUUUGGUAUCUGGGUACGCGAGAUUGGGGUUGCUGCAAGAGGCGAGGAAACUGUUCGAUGAAAUGCCUGACAGAGAUAAUUUUACUUGGACCGCAAUGGUUUCGGGAUAUGUGCGUUAUGAUAGGCCGAACGAGGCGUUAGAUUUGUGUAGAAUGAUGAGUCGGUGUCAAAACUGGCAGGGGAAUAAGUUUACAGUUUCUAGUGCUCUUGCUGCUGCAGCGGCAAUCCCGUGUUUAAGAAUAGGGAAAGAGAUUCAUGGUCAUAUAACGAGAACUGGGUUGGAGUCGGAUCAAGUAGUGUGGAGUUCUCUAUCUGAUAUGUACGGAAAAUGUGGGAGCAUAGAGGAAGCAAGGCAUAUUUUUGACAGGAUGGUGGAUAGAGAUGUUGUGACUUGGACGACGAUGAUCGGUAGGUAUUUUGAGGACGGUAGGAGAGAUGAAGGGCUUCAUCUGUUCAAGGACUUAAUCAAGUCCGGAACGAGACCUAAUGAGUUCACUUUUGCUGGGGUUUUGAAUGCUUGUAGCGAUGUAACUGCCGAACAGCUUGGGAGGCAGGUACAUGGAUACAUCACUAGAGUUGGCUCAACCCCAUCCUCUUUUGCAGCAAGUGCACUAGUUCACAUGUAUUCCAAAUGUGGUAGCAUGGUCAAUGCUGAAAGAGUAUUCAAAGGGAUGCUGCAGCCCGAUUUGGUUUCUUGGACUUCUUUGAUUGCUGGCUAUGCCCAAAAUGGGAAACCUAAUGAAGCUCUUCACUACUUUGAGCUGCUUCUAAACUCUGGUAAAGUCUACCCCGAUCACAUAACUUUUGUUGGAGUUCUUUCUGCCUGUGCUCAUGCCGGGUUAGUUGAUAAAGGGCUUCAGUACUUCUACUCAAUAAAGGAUAAACAUGGCCUGACUUACACGACUGAUCACUACGCUUGUAUUAUUGAUUUGCUGGCACGCUGUGGGAGAUUCGAAGAAGCCAAGCGCAUUAUUAGUGGCAUGCCUAUAAAGCCUGACAAGUUCCUUUGGGCUUCCUUGCUUGGCGGCUGUAGAAUCCAUAAGAACGUUGAGCUUGCAGAAAAGGCUGCAGAGGCAUUGUUUGAGAUAGAACCUGAAAAUCCUGCUACUUAUGUUACCAUGGCUAACAUUUAUGCCACUGCUGGUAAGUGGGCCGAGGUGGCUAAGAUUCGAAUGAUUAUGGAUGACAGAGGAGUGGUGAAGAAACCAGGUAAGAGUUGGAUUGAGGUCAAGAGAAAGACCCAUGUGUUCUUGGUUGGAGACAAGUCUCACCCGAAAUCAAAACAAAUACACGAGUUCCUUGGCGAGCUCUCCAGGAGAAUGAAGGAAGAAGGGUUUGUUCCUGACACAAACUCUGUGUUGCAUGAUGUUGAGGAAGAGCAGAAGGAGCAGAACCUGUCUUACCACAGCGAGAAGCUUGCGAUUGCAUAUGGGGUUAUUUCUACUGCAGCCGGAACACCGAUCAAAGUUUUCAAGAACUUGAGAACUUGUGUAGAUUGUCACACAGCAAUCAAGUUCAUAUCAAAGAUUGUAGAUAGGAAAAUAGUGGUGCGAGAUUCAGCUAGGUUCCAUUGUUUUGAGAAUGGUAGUUGUUCAUGCAGAGACUACUGGUGA